AUGGACAUCGAGACAAACACACAAACUAGAUCAUCCUCCGCGCCGCUCGACUUUUUCUCCCGCAACCACCUCCCACCAACCGCCCGCUCUCAGUGCUGGCUCUUCGCCCGGUCUGUCCACCCUUCCGGCCGCGUCGUCGAACCGGCAUGCCAGGGCCACUGCUCCUACACGGUGCUCCUCCCAGACCACAAGACCGUCAUCCAGUUCCGCCCGCCCAAGCACCGUCUCGACCUCGAGAUCACCUCGGCCGCCCACGCCACCUUCGACGUCCUCGCGCCACACACGCAGCUCCUCGGCGUCAUCACCUUCGCCAUACCCUCCUCUGGGGAACACGACAACACCAACGAUAGCAAGAAGAAAAACAACAACAACAACAACAACAACAACAACAACAACAACAACAACAACAACAACAACAACAACAACAACAACAACAGCAGCAGCAGCAGCAGUAGUAGUAACAACAAUAGCCCGUCCCUGAUAGUUUACUCGCACUCCCUCAUCGAAGGAACGCCCCUCCCCAUCGUGCUAUCCUCCUCUUCUUCUUCCCAUUCCCAUUCCCACCACUAUGCCCCUGGCCCUUUGAAUCACAACCACCCCUCCUCCUCCUCCUCCUCCUCCUCCUCGUCGCUCUCUUCGUCAACAAAGCUGGAUUUAGAUUUCGAUCUCGAUCUCGAACCGCUCCUCCGCUCCCUCGCAACCUCCUAUUUCGCACAGUCAUACUACACCGCCUCCUCGCUACAACAACAGCCCACCACCACCACCAGCCCUUUCCUAGUAACCCCACCCAAGAAACGCCGCAUCGGCAAAACCCUACGCCACCGUCUCGCGCUUCUGCGCGCCCACCUGCCGGCGCGCUUCCGCCCCGUCGUGGAGGACGUGACGCGCAGCCUGGCCGAGCUGGAGAGCGGGCUGCCGUGGGCGCUGACGCAUGGCGAUCUGUGCGGGGCCGGGGUCGGGAACUUGAUCGUUCGGCUUAAGCUUCAGUCUCGGUCUCGGUCUCGUCGAUCCCCCCAUCAUCAUGAUGUUCGGGAGCAGCAGUGGGUAACUAGUACUAGUACUAGUAAUGGUGUUGGUGGUGGUGGUGGUGGUGAUGGGAUGGAAAUGGGAAUGGGUGGUGCGGGAGGUGCGGGAGAGGAUACUACUAGUAAUGAGGCUAAUAAAGACGUUAAAGAAGUCAAAGUUGAAGUGAGGUUGGCAGGGAUGAUAGACUGGGCCGAGGGCGAGUAUCUCCCCUUUGGGGUCGGGCUGUACGGGGUUGAGGAGGUGUUGUUGCUGCUGGGAAGGAUGGUGGAAGAGGAGGAGGAGGGUCAGAAGAAGAAGAGCAUGAUGUUUCAAUAUCACCCUCAUGCGGAACGGUUGAGGGAGGUGUUUUGGGAGGAGCUGGAGGCUGCUGUGCCGGCGCUGGCCGAGGACAAGGUGCUGCGGAGGAGGGUCGAGAAGGCGCGGUUGCUGGGGUUGCUGCUGUGGUACGGCAUCGCCUUUGACGACGGAGCGCUCGAUCGUGUCGUUUGCCCUGGACGGGACGACGAAGAGCUGCAGAAGCUCGACCUGUUCCUCUUUGGGUCAGACCACCGACGCGGCCCCGACACACCCUCGAGUCCGGAGGAAGGCGGCGCAUCCGACAACGAUAGCGGCUGCGCAUUCUUCAACAACGAAUGCGACGACGCCGCGUAUGCUGAGAACCUAGAUUGGUAUCCGGACUCGAGGAGCGAAGUUUGA